AUGGGGAAAAAAGGAAGCUGGUUUUCUGCAGUGAAGAAAGUUUUCAGUGCAGAUUCCAAAAAAGAUAAGAAAAAACAGAAAAGCCACAAUUCAAAGAAAGCAAGCAGUGACAAGGAUGGGGAAGUAGCAGCAGCAGUUGUUCUUCCACAAAUAGAAGAUGUUAAAUUAAUUGAGGCUGAGAAGGAACAAAGCAAGCAUGCUGCUUCUUUGGCUUUUGCCACUGCUGUUGCUGCAGAGGCUGCUGUUGCUGCUGCUCAGGCUGCUGCAGAGGUUGUUCGUCUGACAAGUAUGCCACAUCACACUGGAAAGACCAAGGAAGAAAUUGCAGCUAUCAGGAUUCAGACUGCAUUUCGUGGACAUAUGGCAAGAAGAGCAUUGCGUGCCUUGAGAGGUUUGGUGAGGUUGAAAACCUUAGUGCAAGGGCAAUCUGUUAAACGACAAGCUACUAGCACUCUACGAAGUAUGCAAACUCUAGCAAGAUUACAGUCUCAGAUUCGUGAAAGGAGAAUUAGAAUGUCUGAAGAGAACCUAGCUCUUCAGCGCCAACUGCAGCAGAAACAUGAAAAAGAACUUGAGAAGCUGCGUGCUGCUCAGGUUGGAGAAGAAUGGGAUGAUAGUUGGCAGUCAAAGGAGCAAAUUGAAGCCAAAUUGUUGCACAAGCAAGAAGCUGCUUUAAGAAGAGAGAGAGCUUUGGCCUAUUCAUUCUCACAUCAGCAAACAUGGAAGGGCUCUUCAAAAUCAUUAAAUCCCACAUUUAUGGAUCCAAACAAUCCCCAAUGGGGGUGGAGUUGGCUAGAGAGGUGGAUGGCAACUAGGCCAUGGGAUGGCCACAGAACUGUGGAUCACAAUGAUCAUGCAUCUGUGAAGAGUGCAGCAAGCCGUGCCAUGUCAGUUGGAGAAAUCACCAAAGUGUAUUCUCUCCAAGACCAUAGCCAUGACAAAAGACCUUCCCCUUUUGGCCAAAAACCAAGAAGACCAGUCCAUCACAUUUCCCCUUCAAAGGCACCAUCUGCUAAUGGCAAGGCAAGGCCAUCAAACUCAAAGGGUAGUGUCUGGGGAGGAGAUGAGGACUCAAGAAGCAUGUUCAGCGUUCAAUCAGAGCGAUAUCGACGACACAGCAUUGCAGGAUCCUCAGUGAGAGAUGAUGAGAGCCUUGCAAGCUCCCCUGCCAUUCCAAGUUACAUGGCACCUACAAGCUCAGCCAAGGCCAGGUCCAAAAUCCAAAAGCCUUCACCUGAAAAAGAAGGUGCUGCAGUAAGAAAACGCCUUUCUUUCUCACCUUCUGCUGCUGCUUCAAGAAGGUACUCUGAUCCUCCUAAGGUGGAAAUUGUUUUCAACAAGGAUGCUGCUGCAACUAUUAGCAAUGGAAGGGGAAGGUAG